GGAUCCAUGCUGGUCGCAAAUGCACUAUGUUGGUUUUCUCAUGACGCGGCUCAUAUAUAGUCGCCGCAUUUGUUAUCAUAUAAUGUCUUUUGGGAUAAUUGUUACAUAUAAUGCAGUUCCGUUUGAGGGUAGGAAGCUACUUGCAAUGUCAUGAACUCUAAUGAAACAGGUUCUUCUGUAUUUUGCAUCAUGAGAAUACUUGUGAAUUUAUUUUAAUAUUACAUUAUACAGGGGUACUUGUCGAUAUCGGAGGAUAUUUUACUUCGCGGGUACGUUUUUUCUUCUUUAAACGAUUAAGUCACUUCUAAAGCUCUGCCUAAUACAACUACCGGCACUAUAUAGUGUGUCUAACAUUUGUUUGGAAAAAACAUUUAGUUAUUCAAUUCAAUUUCUGUUCUUGAUUUACGUAGGUCAUUCCUUGUUAAAUUUGUAAAAAAGAAGUUAACGGUACAGAACUGUUUUAACUAUAUUUGUUUUGUUACAGGUGUCUGCACGCUAUUUGCGGGGAUAUUCAGUGCAGCGGCUACAUGUUUUCCAACUGUGAGUGAGUUGGAAAAAGUAUAAACGAACCAGAAUCCAAGGAUAUAUUUGAGCUGUAACAUGCAUGCAUGAUACAUACAUACUUCAACGUCUGUUAGCGCAACGCUAACUACCCGCUAAAAAUGAACUUGAACAUUUAAAAAUGUAAAAGUGAAAUGACAAUAGUGAACGUUUGUUCAUCUGGCAAACACUGCAAAACAGUCUGAAACAGAAUGCUAUACACUUCUAGUACACGAGAGAGCGAUUCUUUUGCAAUGAAGGUCAACAAAGGAGGGUACAAAUUGUUAUUCAACUAUAUAUAGGUUUUAAUGGAUGGAAGGUUUUCGAAUGACCUAUUGUUAUCAUCGGCCCCAGAAUAUAUUAAAUAGAUUAAACGGAAAAUGCUGGUAGUUUGAUGACUCACAUGUUGUUGACUCAAAGACAACUUCUGAACGGAACUUUGAACAAAAAAGGCCAAACGAAUAUUACUUUCAGCCUAUUUGUGACUAAGCUGAACAUAAUGGUUUAUUUGUGCGUUACAAGUUUAGAAUGUUGAAUGAUGUGCCUCAUCCUUGAAGUUAUUGAGCUCAAAAAUAAAAUCAUUUGCAAAUCAUUUGCAUCAACAUAGAUCAAGUUACUGCUUACAUAACCUUUUUUUUAUAUAGAUAAAUCCACUUUUAGUGUGUUUCUGUUUUCAGCGUAUGUAUUCAUUAGUGAAAUACAGGCUGUAUUUCAGACAAAACAUGCGUUUACAUAUACAUGUAAUAAAUGAUUAUUUUAAGAUAAAGGCAGCACCUAUACCGUUUAUCUUUGCCCUUAUGUCAGCUGGCGUUGAUGCUUUUAUACGUUUGUAUUAAACUAAAAUAUGAGCCGUGCCAUGAGAAAACCAACAUAGUGGGUUUGCGACCAGCAUGGAUCCAGACCAGCCUGCGCAUCCGCGCAGUCUAGUCAGGAUCCAUGCUGUUCGCUAACAGUUUCUCUAAUUACUAUAGGCUUUGAAAGCGAACAGCAUGGAUCCUGACCAGACUGCGCGGAUCCAUGCUGGUCGCAAACCCACUGUGUUUGUUUUCUCAUGGCGCGGCUCAUACUACUUUGUUAAAGAAUGUAGAAAAAAAUGAGAAAUUUCUUAGACACUUGAUAUUGCAGAUAGUGUUUGCAAGAAUAAAAGCAUUUUAUUUUACAUGGUAAAUGUGAUCAAAGGUAAACCGAUAGGUCACAAAUCUUAUUAUGAAUGUUAACAUUCUUUUGAUAAAUGUUUGAUUAUCAAUAAAUGAAAAGAAAACCCAGAUUUUUGUGGCAUUUUACACUGUUCUUUCGUUAUUUUUUUUUAAUAAAAUAAUUUUGUUGUUGGUAUACGCGAGGUUGUAUACGGUUACGCAUAAUUAAUUUUGCUGUAACACGUAACCGAGCGCUUUAUAUGAUCUUUUGUAUGUUUUGUAACUAAUAUCGGACAAAAAUCGCAUAUGCAGAUUUUGCCACACAAAUUAAUUCGGAUAUUAUAAAGGUGCAAAGAGAAACGAUACGAGGCGGAACAGAAAAUGAUAGAAAUUGAUAAAACUAUGGAAAAGUCAAACUCAACAAGUGAAUCGUUACUGAAUAAAGAACACAUACAUAAAGAAGACAUAUGUAAGCGUCAAUUUGCUGACGUAGAUAAAGGUUGGGCUUGGGUUGUGCUAGCCGGAAGUUUCGGAACAUUUUGCUUGAUGGGAGGUACGCAGUUUGCUUCUGGAAUAGUUCACAUGAUUCUUCUAGAAAAGUACCAGACCAGCGUGUCACUAACAUCCGUCGCAGGAGCUGUUCACACGUCAUUAAUAAGUAUUGGAGCACCAUUAUCAUCGUUUGUAUUAGAGCGGAACAGUUGUCGGGUUGCCAUAGUAACAUGUGGGUGUUUAUUCUUUCUUGGCUAUUUGGGUACAGCGUUUGCACCAAAUAUUGAGUGUGUGAUAUUUACGUAUGGAGUUGUCGCUGGUGUUGGAGGAGCUCUUGGCUUUACAGCAAGCAUGGUAGUUGUUGGUUACAACUUCCAGAGAAGGCGAAACAUUGCCAUGGGUAUUGCAGUAGCUGGUGUCGGUUUCGGAAUUACCUUCCUAGCACCAUUGAUACAGUUUAUCUACAAGGAGUAUGGGUCAUUCGGAUUCUUUUUGCUAAUAUCGGCAAUAUACGCUCAAAGUAUCGUUUUUGGAAUGCUAGCCAUCCCCAGCAAAUUAGAAUUAUAUACAAAAGCUCGACGAACUGAACAAGCUGUUGCAGAAAAUAACAAGAAUGGUUUUAGUAGUCGCUGUCCCAAGUUAAAGGACAGCUUAUCUAUUUUGACAAAUAAAGAGUUGCUUUUACUAUGUUUUGGAUUAUUUAACUUUGGUCUUGGAACUUAUCUUAUAUAUCUGCAUUUGCCAAGAUAUAUAGUAGAGAAGGGUUUUACACCAGAAGUAGCCGCAAAUCUAGUUUCGUUGUCGGGAAUACUAACCGUGAUAGGAAGGAUUCUCACCGGCUCUAUAGCAACCGUAAAAUUUAUAAGAGAUGAUAUUUUAUACUGUUUACCUAUGUUUAUUUUGGGUAUCAUGACAAUUAUAUAUCCAUACAUAUCAAGUACAUUUGUUGGAAAUUUAAUUUUCGCUAUAUUUCUUGGUUCGUUUUAUGGAAAUGUGUAUGUGCUUACAACAAGCGUAUCAGUGAAACAUGUUGGAAUUGUAAACCUUGCUAAAGCCAUUGGAAUACAAUAUUUCUUCGCUGGUUUAGGCAUAUUAUUGGGACCAAUUUUGGCGGGGGUUAUUGUAGACAAUGGAGGAACAUAUGAGGACUCUUUCUACACUGCAGGAGGAUUUCUUUUAUUAGCCGGAAUUCUCAGUGGCACUGCUUCAUUUGUAUCUAAAUCAAAACCUUUGGAAACUGAAACAUAACAGUACAGAUGUUGAAGAAAAAGAUGAAAUGAGCCGUGCCAUGGGAAAACCAACAUAGUGGCUUUGCGACCAGCAUGGAUCAAGACCAGCCUGUGCAUCCGCGCAGUCUGGUCAGGAUCCAUGCUGUUCGCUUUCAAAGACUAUUAUUAUUAGAGAAACCAUUAGCGAACAGCAUGGAUCCUGACCAGACUGCGCGGAUGCAUGCUGGAUCCAUGCUGGUCGCAAACCCACUAUGUUGGUUUUCUCAUGGCACGGCUCAAAUGCUUUCUUCGGUGGAGACGUUCAUGCUGUCAGGACCUGGAAAUAGAUCUUCAUAAAGAAUACUUGGAAGAUAUUUUUGAGUCACAAAAUCAGAUGUUUGACUUUAUAAGCAUGUCAUUGACACACCAUUUGAAUAUUUGAAAAUGAAUUGAAAUGGAUGUGAUUGAA